AUGUCAAUUACAGUAAAAGACCAAGAAAAUUGGGAUAAAGCUAGUUCUACAGAAAUCAUAAAUCAUGAAAAUGUUGUUAUCGAAGAUAAUAUCAGAGAUGAGAUGUUAUUUCAUGAGGAUCUCAAUGAAUGGGCCGAAAGAGGAUAUAUUAUUCGGCAAGCAAUUCCUAUUUCAUUGGCAUGCCUAUUACAAACUUUCUUACCUUUUAUUAGUGUAUUCGCACUAGGUCACUUGGGUCCAGUAGAGUUGGGCAUCUCGACACUAAGUAUAAUGACACUGACCAUGAUUCAGAUAGAUUCCGACUUGGAAUCUUGGAAGUUUACCCUUACCUCGGAUAAUCAGUUUAACAUAUUGAGAGUUAAUCAAUGGUAUAAUGUUACAUUUGUGGCAUUAGUAAAUGGUGCUGCGACAGCGCUUGAUACCCUUUGCUCGCAAGCUUAUACAUCUGGCAAUAUGAAAAUGAUGGGAGUAUAUUUGCAACGUGCUACUAUAAUAGAAUUGUUAGGAUUUAUCCCGAUCGCUUGUAUUUGGUGGGAAUCAGAACAAAUCCUGAUCUUCAUUGGCCAAUCACCUGAAAUUUCUUCAAAAACUGGUUUAUAUCUCAGAUAUUUAUUAAUUGGAGCACCUCCACUCUUAUGUUUUGAAAAUUUGAGGAGAUAUUUACAAGCCCAAGGGAUAAUGAAAGCUAGUACAUAUGUAUUAAUAAUCUGUUGUAUAAUUGAUAUGUGCUUAAAUUUUAUGCUGGUUUUGUAUCAACCGCUAUCGCUUGGUUUUAUUGGAGCACCUAUUUCCACAGCUAUAACCUCUUGGUUCAU